UAGUAGACGUGGAGGAUGGACAAAAGAGACACCCAACCCCUCUCCUUGCAGAGAUUUACACAGAGAAAGUAGGGAGAAGAAGAGGGAGAGGAUAUUGUGGUAUGAUUUCUUCAAACAUCACCUAAUAAACCUGUCUUUAAGAAGAAGAAGAAGAAAACAGCAACAAGAAUUCUAAUUUCGUCUGUAUUUCAAUCGAUUGUUCCUACAAAUUUUAAGCAGAUGAAGAUGCUUCGCAGGGAACUCCAAAACCAUGAAAUCAGAAGAAUUUCCUGUUGAAGAUCUCAGAAUUAUGCUUCAUUUCAUGAAGAUCCUUUGAAGCUUCUCCAAAAAUAUAUGAUUAAAUUAAGAUGUCUGAUUUCGUUAAUUAAGAUCAAACAUAGUGUUUAGUUUGAGGUGAACAUCAUCAAUCAACCACAGAUACGAGAUUAAGACAGGGGUUUUGGGAAUUUCUUUGAAGAACAAUCAACAAUGGCAGCUGCAGCAUGGGAUCAUUUAGGGGAAAUUGCAAAUGUGGCUCAACUAACAGGUUUUGAUGCAGUGAGGCUAAUAGGAAUGAUUGUAAAAGCUGCUAGCACUGCUCGUUUGCACAAAAACAACUGCAAGCAAUUCGCAAUGCAUUUGAGAUUGAUUGGAAAUCUUUUAGAACAACUUCAAAUCAGUGAACUCAAGAAGUAUCCAGAAACCCGUGAACCUUUAGAGCAACUUGAAGAUGCAUUAAGAAGAUCUUACAUUUUGGUGAAUAGUUGUCAGGAUAGAAGCUAUUUCUACUUACUUGCAAUGGGUUGGACCAUUGUUUAUCAAUUUAAAAAGGCACAAGAUGAGAUCGAUAGGUACUUGAAGAUCAUACCUCUCAUUACUCUUGUGGAUAAUUCUCGAUUCAAGGAAAGAUUGGAAUAUAUUGAAAUGGACAAAAACGAAUACACAUUAGAUGAAGAAGACCAAAGGGUGCAAGAUGUUAUCAUGAAGCCUAAUCCAUCUAAUACCGAUGAUGUUGCUGUUUUGAGAAGAUCCCUUUCUUUUAGCUACCCAGAUUUGCCUUUCAAUGAGUUUAUAAAGAAAGAAAAUGAAAAGCUUCAUAUGGAACUACAACAUUCACAAUCCUAUUUAGAUGUUAGCCAAUGUGAAAUGAUUCAAAAUCUCAUGGAAAUCGUGGAUGUUUUUGCUUCAAAUUCUCAGUAUGAGAAGAAUAUGGAAUACUAUCCGUAUGUUAUUAGCAAUAAAGAACAUGAAGAUCACAAUGAGGUGCAAAAGAAUGUUCUUUCAACUUCAAGAAGCAUUUCUUCAGUUUCAUCCAGACAAGAUUUGCUUUCUUCUAGAGGAUCUUAUCGAGAGGAAGCAUGGCAUUCAGAUGUUCUUAGUUGUUGUUCAGAGCCUAUGAUGUGCUUAAAAACCUUCUUAUUUCCAUGUGGAACACUCUCAAAAAUUGCUACAGUGGCAACAAACACGCACAUGACUUCAGCAGAUGCAUGCAAUGAGCUGAUGGCUUACUCCCUAAUAGCAUCAUGUUGUUGCUACACUUGUUGCAUUAGGAGGAAGCUUCGGAAUACUUUGAACAUCAGGGGAGGGUGGUGUGGUGACUUUGUAUUGCAUUUAUGUUGCUGUUGUUGUGCGCUUGUCCAAGAAUUACGGGAAAUUGAAAUGCGAGGAAUUCAUGUUGAAGGUCCUCAGAAGAUAAAAACAAUCCCUCCCUCCACACAGUACAUGGAAUCAUAGAGGGAUAAUAGAACGUAUCAAUUCAUGGCAAUUCUUUUUCUUUUCAUAAUAUUUUGGUUUUAGGAGGCAGAAUUGGGAGUUUACACACGUGUAUUGUGUUUGCUAGUUGAAAAACUGUUAUUCUGUGAAUAAAUUUAAUAAAAAUUCCAUAUCUUUUCCAA